AACAGAAUGGGCCUUUUGAAGACGAGGGCGAGAUCUGCGACGCACUUUCAGUUCCGGAUUCGGAUGUAGCUUCUCGAGUCGUAAAGCUGUUGACGACUCAGUUUUGUUAAGGCAAGUACUAGAAGGGUUUAGGGUUUACUGGAACUUACUAGUUUUGAGUUCAACUUGAAGUAUUCGAAUCCGAAAACCAAAACCCUUUACAUUUUCUAAUUAAGUAUAGAAAUACUGACUUUGAAAAGUCCUAGGUAAACCUCAUCAUUAAGUAUACAGUAUCCACCAGCUACCUAGUACUAUGAUCUGUAGUUACUAAACUUUCUAUCUUCUUUCGAAGAAUACCCUGAUUUUUGUAGCAAGCAAAUAAGAGUCCUGAAACUAUGAAUAUGCAGCCCUGCUCUCUCAGCGUGCGCUGGCAAUACAAAAUAAUAGAUUUAGAAUAACAUUUUUUUACUUCUGGUUUGCCGAAUAGAUUCGCAUCAUCAACAUUUACAACUACUUAAGCGUAAUGAUAUUAACGCAAUUCUAGCAAUACUAUCAGGAGCUUCAACAAGUAGAAAGAAACAAGUACAAGAAAGUAGACGAGGUGACCUCGUGGACCUAAAGAUUCUAAUAUUAGGGUGACGACGCAGGCUUUUCAUAUCUUCCACAGGGAUACCACGCUGAGUCUGGCUGUCGCAACGGUCUUGACACGGACAAUGUCAGGACAUGGGAUAGAGUUCUUGUGCUUGACGAGAAUCAUCGUGACGAGACCACAGCAGCAGAAUGUCUCAUUCGCCUGACCAAGUCAGAGACCGAAG